AUGGUUAUUCACACGUCGACACCAGUUGACAAGUUACAUCACGAGGACAGGGAUAUCAAGCCUGUGAUCCGUCGUACGGUCUUGGAUCAUGGCUCAAAACACCACAGUAUUUCAGGAGUUUCGGUGAAAGGAGAAUAUGGACCUAAUGAUGGCAUGAGAGGAAGUGAUAGUGGUUCACUGUGGGUCUACAAUCCUCUUCAACCAGUCAAAUCGCGCAAGUCUCAAGCAUACGAGCCCUUACUUCUUGAGAACGAGCGGGAGGCUGUUGCCGACCUCCUUCAGUAUCUCGAAAACCGAACAACUACGAAUUUCUUUACCGGCUCACCUCUAUCGGCCCUGACGACGUUGUCUUUCUCCGACAAUAUAGACCUACAGAGAAGUGCUGCUCUAGCAUUUGCAGAAAUCACAGAAAAAGAAGUUCGACAAGUUGGAAGGGAUACCUUAGACCCGCUCCUCUUUCUUCUGAGCAGUCAUGACACUGACGUUCAGCGUGCUGCGUCUGCUGCGUUGGUGGAAAACAAACUUCUCAUUGUCAAGCUGGGUGGACUGGAGCCUCUCAUCCGACAAAUGUUAAGCCCAAAUAUCGAAGUCCAGUGUAAUGCCGUUGACGAGAACAAAUCCAAGAUUGCGAGAUCUGGUGCUUUGGUCCCACUUACGCGUCUGGCACGCUCAAAAGAUAUGCGUGUACAGCGAAAUGCUACCGGAGCUCUAUUGAACAUGACCCAUUCCGACGAAAAUCGAAUUCAACUGGUGAAUGCGGGUGCCGUCCCUGUCUUGGUCAAUCUUUUGACUAGCCCGGAUACGGACGUACAAUACUACUGUACAACUGCUCUCAGCAACAUAGCUGUUGAUGCCCAAAACCGCCGCAAGCUCGCCGCCACCGAACCCAAGCUAGUACAAAGUCUGGUUGUGCUCAUGGACAGCCCAAGUCUAAAGGUGCAGUGCCAAGCGGCACUUGCAUUACGAAACCUAGCCAGUGAUGACAAAUAUCAAAUCGACAUCGUCAAAGCAGGCGGUCUUACACCCCUCUUACGAUUGCUCUGCUCGACUUACCUGCCCCUCAUACUAUCAGCUGCCGCAUGCGUUCGAAACGUUUCUAUUCAUCCUUCCAACGAAUCACCUAUCAUUGAGGCUGGAUUCUUGAACCCCCUCGUAGAGCUUUUGUCGUUUGAAGAAAACGAGGAGGUUCAGUGCCAUGCAAUCUCCACUCUACGUAACUUGGCCGCAUCUUCCGAGCGGAACAAGAUGCAAAUAGUACAAGCAGGUGCGGUGCAGAAAAUCAAGGAUCUCGUGAUGCAAGUACCCAUGAACGUGCAAAGUGAGAUGACAGCUUGUGUCGCGGUUUUGGCUCUAAGUGAGGAGCUAAAACCUCAGCUGCUAGAAAUGGGUAUUUGCGACGUGUUGAUCCCACUCACCAAUUCGCCGAGUAUUGAAGUGCAAGGUAACAGUGCGGCUGCAUUGGGUAACUUGACUUCUAAAGAUACACAUGUCAGUGAAGAGGACUACACCGCUUUCAACGACGUGUGGGAUAAGCCCGAAGGUGGCAUGCACGCCUACCUUCACCGAUUCCUCACGAGUUCGGAUCUUACUUUCCAGCAUAUCGCUGUUUGGACUAUUGUACAACUCCUGGAGUCGCGAGAACUUGCAGUUUCUCAGCCUUCUUCUCCGAAUACGUACAGCAGGACACAAAGUGAUUCUAUGUCAGAAGACGCCGAAGGCACUGGUCAAGAAGAAAUUACCCUCUUGGCAAAGAAAAUUAUGCAUUAUGUCAAUGGAGAGCUUGAUGCUGAAAUGUCGCCUCAAGGGGAUGGCCCAUACGUUGGCAGCGUCAGGAGCGGACGAAAUAUGGAUCAUCGAACCCAAACUCAUAGGGCUGCGGAAAGUGCAGCUUCAUCUGUUUCCCGACGGAUUACAGGUCAACUUCCCCGUGAAGAUGACGAGGCGAUGAAACCCGAUCCUUUCGUCUCUCCGCUCGUCUGUCGAUGUCACUUCUUUGGCCCGGUAACCAUCGGUAUUGGAUAUCUGAAGGUCGAUUUACCCUUGGCUUCAAAAUCAGCAGACCUUUCUAUGUUUAACUGUCAACUCUCUAUUCUGGCUUCUAUACCAGAGGUUUUCUAUAUCAAUGAAUGUUAUGUUUCAAUGUUUAGUAUACUUAGUCAUGCAAUAUACUCGGACUCGACACUUCCAUGGGAGAAUGCGAAAGGAGUUUGA